AUGCCGCGCCCGACGGCCUCCUCCUCCUUCGCCAGGCGCCAGGCGCAGCCACGGCCAGCGGCCAAAUCUGAGCUGGGUUCCGACCCCUCCUCAUCCUCGGCAGCGGCGGAUUCCUCCAUGGCGUCCCUAAUCGAGCGCGCCACCUCCACCACGGCGCCCGCCAUCGACCCGGUCCUCCUCCGCGCCAUCAAAUCCUCGGCCCGUGCCUCCGAUGCCGCCAUCCGGGACGCGUUCCGCCUCAUCCUCUCCCUCAUGUCCAAGCCCCACUCCCACGUGCGGCUGCUCGCCUUCAGCAUCGCCGACGAGCUCUUCAUGCGCUCCAAGCUCUUCCGCUCCCUCCUUGCUGACUCGCUCGACGGCUUCCUCCCGCUCGCCGUCGGGUUCUGCCGAGCAAACCCGCUCCCGCCGCCGACCGCGUCCGCUGCCUUACUCCGGAAGUCCGCCGUCCAGGCUCUCGAGCGCUGGCACCAUCUCUUUGGUGCGCACUACCGCCAGCUCCGCCUGGCCGUCGAGUACCUCAAGGAGUCCGCACGCGUCCAUUUCUCUGGUCUACGGGCCACCGUUGAUGCUCGUGCAGCUCGUGAGGCUCGCAUGCAGGAGAUCUAUGCUGCCAAGGUUGAGCAAUUGCGUGAAAAUCUUGCGUCAAUCAAGGAGGAAAUUCGGUCCACCAUGGACGAGAUUCGCAAUGGAUUGGAGAUGAUCCGUGCUGAAUAUAAGAAAUUUGAGGGUUAUGUGAAUGACGAGGAUGCGGAGGAGGAGAUUGCGGCCUUGUCAAUGCGGAGCAUUAGAAUGGCAUCUUUGAUGGCUGGGGAGUGGGUGCCUGAGACUAAGGAGAAUGAGGCAGUUUUUGAUGCACUGAGGGAAGCACACCGGUUGCUUGUGUCAAAGCAUUUGGUCACAAUACAGGAGUGGAUAACUGUGCUUGUGAGGGUUAACCUUCCAGACAACCGUUUCCGAGAUACUGCAUUGAAGGAUUUCAUUGAUGUUAAGAAUGAGAUAAGGGCUGUGAGAGAUCGUUGCAAUGAGCUUGGUCUUUACUUUGAUAAUGUUCAUAGGCGGAAGGGUGACCAAGAGGAAGAGGACAAUGAGUUUUGGGUGGAGGGAAACAUAGAGGCACCAAAUCGUGCCGGAGUCCAGAGCAGCUUAGAUGUUACGAGCACUAGCAAGGACACCGGGAAGGGGAAGGGGGUGGUGGGUGGAGUGUCUGACAUUGGCAAGGCACCAGUUGCAGCUAAUGUAACGAGAAAUCUUGAUCCAGAAAAAUCAGAGCUCUUUGCUAAAGCCCCUGUGCUGCCAUGGAGCUCUGUCUUGGAUUGCUGGGGCUCAAGUGGGGAUGUACACGUAAACCAGAGGGGGCUUGAGGUCGAGAGUCAUUGGGGAAGAGUGGAUAAUGAUGCCACUAUACCUGCAGCAAAGAUUGCAGAGUUGAAUGUUCAUUGCUCAAUUUAUAGAGAAGCCCCAGUUGAGAUCCUACCAUGUCAUGCCCCUCUAAAAAAAGGAGGACUUUGCCAGAGAAGGGAUCUUAAGGUAUGUCCUUUCCAUGGACCGAUUGUCCCACGUGACGCAGAAGGAAAUCCAGUUGAGCAGAACAGUGGUAGUUCUGAUGCAGAAGUAAAUCCUGUUGAGCAGUUAGACAUAGGAGGACACUCAAAUGAUCUUAAUGGAAACAGUGAUGGUGAUUAUAUGGAGGAAACCUCUUCAAGAAUGACAGGUAUCAAUAAUGAUUAUGGUGACAUAGCUGGAACUCGUGAUCUAGGUAAAAUUACUGCAGAGCAGUUAGCAAGACAAGCAAUUAAAAAUGUCCGGAAAAGAGAAAUGGAUCGCAAGGCACAGGAAAGGGCCCAACGCACAAGAAUCCGUCAGCACAAUGAAGAUGUUCUGCAAGAUGCAGCUCUUGCUUCAACUUCCCGUUCUGCGGCAGCCUAUGAGCAGCCUCCAGAAGCACAGGGUCGACGAGGACGCCGAGGUAAGGCAAAGGCACCAACGCUGGCAUCAAUGCUGAAAAAGAAAGUUACCACCAAAGACAGAAUUGCAGAGAGGCUUCUGAACGCUCGAGCCACAGAUGCCACAAUAAGGGAGGUUUCUCAUAAUGAAGAUAUGAGCUACAGGGAAGCAUUUCCAAAUCAGUGGUAG